AUGCCCCUGAACCUCUUUCGUUUUAAUAGAUCACUUUCCACCCUACGAACCGGCGUGCUCUGUAGACGACCUUCAACGACGAGGCUCGAAUCGACUUUGUACGCUCUCCGUUCCUCCGUUCAGCGCGAAGCGGUGGAAGCAUUUGCUUAUGACUUGGGGGUCUGCGACCGAUUCGGAAUCAUAGUCAUUCUACUUUGACGCAGGGGUUUCAGCGCAAUAUGUCUACCACCACUACCACCACCACCACCACGAGGACGGGAACGGGGACGGAACAGCUCUACGGUGCGCGCUCGACCCCACUUGAUUACGCGCGAUUGAACUUCACCUUGCCCGAGGUCAAGUAUGUCGGUAUGCUGGCUUGUCAGCGUGAGUGUUUUUUAUGAUCCGUUCUCAAACGAUCUUGGGUUCUUGGGUUCUUGGGGGUAGCUGAGGUUGGGGUUCUGGUUCGUUUACUCGCGCGGGCGAUUGUUCAGGCGAUCCAUUGCUGGCGAGUUUGGAGACGGAAGUUAUUCGCUGUGAAAAAGUCGUCAAAGGAUCGGUGGUUACGUCGAAUGGCAAGCAGACUAAAAAGGGCAAAGGUGAAGAAAAGAAGGUCGAAACUGUGGACAAGGAUUUCGGUGGGAAAGAGAGUGACUCGGAGGUAGUGGAGGAGUGGGAGCUCGAAUUGCAAGAUACGGUUCUCUUCCCCGAAGGCGGCGGACAACCCUGUGACCAUGGGACUAUUCAACUUCUUCAUCAAGGUCAAACAUCCACGGAGGAGCAAGGGGAGGAGACGAUCCGCGUUGAAAACGUGCAGAGGAAGAGUUUGGAUGCGGUGCAUUAUGUCGAUCGGUUUGUUGAGGUUGGCACCAGGGUCAGGGUCGAGGCCGAUAUGCAGAGGAGGUGGGACGUGAUGUUGCAACAUACGGGACAACAUGUGAGUACAUCCAGAGGUAUCACUAUUCCGAGCACAGCAUACAAUAUGAGGUUGACCCCUUCAGCGACUAAUCCUCGCCAUCAGCUCCUCUCGGCCGUGAUCGAGACCCAGUUGCAACUCGACACUUUGUCUUGGUCGCUGCAGCCUUUCCCCGAAAUGAACUACAUCGAACUACCGCGUGCGCUGACACCAGCGGAGAUCGAAACGAUUCAAUCGACGUGCAAUACCCACAUCCGGUCGGCCGUCCCCAUCCACGUCGAUUUCACGAUCCGUUCCCUCGAAAACGCCGCCGGCGGCGAAUUGGGUGGUUCGCUCCCUUCGAACUAUGUCGAUACGACCGGACAAGCGCGCCCACCGGUGUUGAGGACCGUCUCGAUCGGUGGUAUCGACUCGAACCCUUGUUGCGGAACCCAUCUGCCGUCGACGUCGAUGCUGGAGACCGUGUACGUGUCCGCUUACACGACGCCGAUUAGAGGUACGAACGCGAGGAUCUAUUUCGCCGUUGGGUCCCAAAGGGUCGGCAACUUGUUGAGGCAGGAUGAACAGGUGCUUAAAGGCGUGGGCGGAGUCUUGGGAUGCUCGGUUGCGGAAUUCGUGGCGAGGGUCGGCCAGAUGAAGAGUGGGGCUGCGGACGCGAUGAAGAGGGAGAAGAAGCUGAGGGAGGAAUUGGCCGCUUUCGUCGCCGAGAAGGUUUGGGACACCUCGAGUCGCAAUGAGGAGGGUCGGAAGGUCGUGAGGAAAGGAUUAUGUUGGAGGUUGGAAGAUGCGACCAAUUCGUUGGAGUUUUUGAGCAGCGUUGCGGUUGGGCUCAAGACGCGCAUGGACGAGGCACAGGAGAAGUGCCUCUUCGUCUUGGGAUGUGGGGGAACACCUCGAGCGGGCGGGGUCAGGGGCGAGAGCGCGAGUGCAAUGAACGGCGGUGGGGCGUUGUUGAUCGUUGGUGAUCAGGGUCUGGUCGCUCGAGCCGGGAAGGAGGUCGGGGUCAGGUUCGGCACGAGGAUCCGAGGUGGGGGUAAGGGCAAGUGGCAGGGCAAGCUCACAAGUGAACUGGGGUGGGAAAAGAGCGAUGACGGCUUGUUGAAGAAGGUGCUGGAAGCGGUAGAGCUGUAG